AUGACAAAUUUCUGUUAAGAAGACAUGCGUUAAGAUAUAAAUAUUUUGUUCAAGGAUUUUGUGUUUAUUGAAUGUUUUUGUUUUUGCUUGGUGUAUAGUACUUUUAAAAUGUGAUAAUAUGAAGUUUAGAUAUUAAAAGCGCUAAUUGAUUUGUUUAUUUAGGCUUGUAAUGAUGAUGUAUUAAAUAUUGUGUUUGAUGUGAAGUAGAAAUCAGUUGUUUUUAACAUAGAGCUGUCCUUAUACAUGGGGAUUCUAAUUAUAACAUAGACAUACAUAUAUGAAGUCAGACGUCUCACAUAUUUUACUAUCUUGAACUUGGUUAUUUUUGGACAAAAUGAUACAUAUAUCUCAAGUGUAUAGCGCAUUAAAUGAUAUAUAAGAUACAAGGGUACAUAAUUAAGGUGGUAGCAAUGAGAUGGUUUUAGAAAUGUCGGAUUUUGUUGAAACGGUGAAACUUGACGAACUAUUCCGGAAAAUACCGGAGAACUGCGGCAUAGAUCCCCGUUUGAUUGAAGAUGCCAAAACGGAACUUAAUGUACUUAAGUAUAAAGCAGGAAUAAACGUACAGUAUCAUAAACAGAAGUCUUGGAGCAAGACAGAUACACAGCAGUUACAAAGUCAGUUACAAGAUAAAGACACAGAGAUACUGUUGUUGAAAAAACAACUACGAGAUAGAGACUCCCUAUCACGCGGUGAUGGAGAGACUGAAAGCAGUCGAGUGAUCAAGAUUAGAGACAGUUUCAAGCGGCUGUUUGAGCAGGAAUGGGCAGAAACUUAUGAUUACUUUAAGUUAGAAGGAUGGAAUGAAAUAGAAAUAAUAGUCACCCUUCAGAGAAUACUCAGGGCAAGUUAUUCCUUUAGCAAGGAUGUUGCUCGAGAGCAGCUGCAGAACAUCGAGGGCGAGGCUUUAUACCCCUCAGCAACGUGGAUGGAUGACGACGGUAUAAUCACGCGCUUAAAACAACGUCAGAUCACACGAGAGAUCGUGUCACUUGCCAAACUUUACCAGAAGACAACGGCACAAGAAUGUCUCCCAUCUUUGCAAAAGACAUUCAUUGACCAUGUUCUGCCAACCUUUAUUGAUCCGUCACGAUACAGCAAUAAAAUAACACAAAAAUAUACAAAACAAUGUGUAGACAUCACGUGGUCAAUGUGUGUACAAGACCCGCCAAUGGUCUUUCUGGACAAACUUGACAGAGGUGCUGAAUUCGACACUGAAAAGUUUCGGAAAUACUCCAGCAUUGGUGCCGAUAAGUUUGACUAUCUUGUAUGGCCAGCUAUGCUGUUACAUCAAGGCGGGCCUGUAGUAGCUAAAGGUAUUGCGCAACCUAUAAGAACAACGCCACCGGAAGACGUAACAAGUACCGGAAGUAAAACCCCUCUACUUCAAUCCCGACAACAACCCUCUAGAGGGUCUCAAAAUCCUGUAGAGGUUAUAAACAUUGAACCAGAGGUUCAGAGAGUAAGUCCUCAAACCCCACCUAAAUUAUACAAACGUGCUCAAAGUAGAGAGGAAAAUGUAGUCCCUGGCUCCCCGUUCUUUGCACCAUUCUCGAGCCGGACACCAGAACCAGCGCCUAAGGGAAUUACCCCUGUACCGACAAUACAUGUGACAAAUGGAGACAAAAGAAGUCGACAGGGCAGAUCAGCAUCGGGGUACCAGCCUGAUGAAGGAAACCUUACGGUAGCUUGGAAAAAUAGGAAAGAGAAUCGCAUGCCAAGUGCACCUUAACUAUUUCUGUCGUGAGAAUUACUAAGUACUAUAAAAAAUAAUUGAUAACUUAUAACUAAUUUUUAUGUUAAAAGUGCUCAUAUCUGGGACUGAUCUGUGGCUACAUAUUGUCUCCUGUGAUGUUACUAUUUGGUGUUUUUUUCAUUGUAAUAUAAACAUUUGUAAAUAAAUUAUAAUUCCGUUUU